GACCCCAAAGAAACAAUGGAAGCCUUGUGGAAGUUGGAGGAUAAACUGAAGCUAACAACGAAAGACGCGGUAGUGAUCUUGGUCGGAACAACGGCUGCAGUAACGCUCCUCUGCAUAGCCGCAGCGUUUCUCAACCGCAAUUCUCGAGGAAAGCAAGUAGCAGACGCGGAGUGGGCGUUUGUUGAGUCAAGAACAAUGGAUCAAAAGAGGAACUGUAAGUGGAGCAAAGUGAAGAGAAGGUUGAUGGGCUCGUUUUGUUGGAGCUCUGCAGUUAAGUGGAUGGAGAUGGAAACACGACCGCCGCCGCAGCGGACAUUGCUUGCGGUUAAAGAAAGAAGUCUUAAUGCGGUUGAUCAGGUUUGGCAGCGACCGAUUCUGAUGGGUGAGAAAUGUGAACUUCCACGGUUUAGUGGUUUAAUAUUGUAUGAUGAACGUGGCGAUCCGAUUCAGCAUUCUCCAUCUCAAGAAGAAGUUAAACAGACUCCUCUGGUAAGAACAACUUUGAGAGAUUUGCUUUGAUAGUUGUUUUAUCGAAGUUUCAUGUGUAACAAGUUUUAAAACCGCCAUG